AUGGUACAAAUAAGUGAAGUUACCGAUAAAACUACCUCCUUACCAGUUUCUUCAGCUAAAGAAAAUAGAACUGCCGCCCAUACUCACAUCAAGGGACUCGGCCUAAAUGAAUAUGGCACUGCCAAACCCAUUGAGGGUGGUUUCGUUGGUCAACAAGAUGCACGUGAAGCAUGUGGUAUAAUUGUUGAUUUAAUCAAGAGUAAGAAAAUGUCUGGGAAAGCAGUUUUGAUUGCUGGUCCACCUGCAACUGGUAAAACAGCAUUGGCAUUGGCGGUAUCACAAGAAUUGGGUCCAAAAGUUCCCUUUUGUCCCAUUGUUGGACUGGAGUUGUACUCAGCUGAAGUGAAAAAAACUAGUGCAUUGAUGGAAAAUUUCCGAAAGGCAAUUGGAUUGAGGAUCAAGGAAACUAAAGAAGUUUAUGAAGGUGAAGUUAUUGAAUUGACACCAGAAGAAGCAGAGAACCCAUUGGGCGGAUAUGGUAAAACUAUAAGUCACGUUAUAGUUGGAUUGAAAACAGCCAAGGGAACGAAAAACUUGCGUUUGGAUCCAAGCAUCUAUGAAUCCCUACAAAAGGAGCGUGUUGCUGUUGGUGAUGUCAUUUAUAUUGAAUCAAACACUGGUGCUGUUAAACGUGUGGGAAGAUCGGAUGCAUAUGCUACUGAAUUUGAUUUAGAAGCUGAAGAAUAUGUCCCACUCCCAAAAGGAGAAGUACACAAGAAGAAGGAAAUCGUUCAAGAUGUCACAUUGCAUGACUUGGAUGUAGCAAAUGCCAGACCCCAAGGUGGUCAAGAUGUAUUGAGUAUGAUGGGUCAAUUAUUGAAGCCCAAAAAGACUGAAAUAACUGACAAGUUACGCAGCGAAGUUAACAAAGUUGUUUCAAAAUAUAUUGAUCAAGGUGUAGCUGAAUUAAUUCCCGGGGUGUUGUUUAUUGAUGAGGUGAAUAUGUUGGAUUUGGAAAUUUUCACCUACUUGAAUAAAGCCUUGGAGAGUAAUAUUGCCCCUAUUGUCAUCUUGGCAUCAAAUAGAGGAUUAACUACGGUUAAAGGAUCAGAUGAUUUAUCAAUUAAAGCACCUCAUGGAUGUCCACCAGAUCUCAUUGAUCGAUUAUUGAUUGUUAGAACUUUACCUUAUAAUCAAGAUGAGAUCAAGACAAUCAUUACCAAGAGGGCCAAUUUGGAAAAUUUGACCUUGAGUGAAGAGGCAAUCAAUAAAUUGAGUCAUGAUGGGGUACAAACUUCAUUGAGGUAUGCUUUGCAACUAUUGACCCCAGCUGGUAUAUUGAGCUCUAUUGCUGGUCGUUCAACUGUUGAAUUACAAGACGUUGAAGAGUGUGAAUUGUUGUUUUUGGAUUCAAGGAGAUCAACGAAAGUGUUGAACGAAUCAAAAACCUUUCUUUGA